AGUGGGCGAUUUGGUCGGCCGUUUUUUUCGGUACUUUGGCCGUUUUUUUUUUUUUCGGUAAAGUUGGAAAAAAAUCGGCCGAUUUUGCCGAUCGGCCGAUUUUCGCGGCAAUUAGUGGGCAAAUCGGCCGAUUUUUUACCGAUAAAAAAUCUGCGCAUGAGCAGUGACCUGCAAGAGGAAGACAAAAAGAGGAAGAAGAUGAGGAUGAAGAAGAAGAAGAUGAGGAUGAAGAAGAGGAUGAGGAUGAAGAAGAAGAGGAUGAGGAUGAAGAAGAAGAGGAUGAGGAUGAAGAAGAAGAGGAGGAUGAGGAUGAAGAAGAAGAAG